AUGACUACGAUUCAGCAUCCCAUUCUAGGCCGCAUCCAGGGUAAUAAGAAGAAUGACUUGGUCGAAUUCUUAGGCAUUCAGUACGCGUCUCUCGCACACCAAUUCGCCCCGCCUGUUCCCAUCAACCGGAAAGACUUCGAUGAAUUAAUUGAUGCUACAUCAUAUGGCCCAAGCGUAGGAGGUGUCGAUGGAUGCGACUCAGAAUUCGAUCUGAUCCAACAUAAACUUCCGCGCACGCACUUCGCCAAGUCUGCCACCCAGGGGUUGAAUCUCAAUAUCACGGUGCCUAAUGUGAAUGAUUCCCCCACGAAAUUGCCAUUUCUAGUCUUCCUACACGGCGGCGGCUUCGGCGUUGGAUCUUCAUCAUGUCCGCAGCACCAGCUUACCAAUCUGGUAUCCAUUACUAGUGAGCUAGGACUUCCUGUGGUCGGAGUUAAUAUCAACUAUCGGGUUGGCCCAGCUGGAUUCUUGACGUCCAAAGAGCUGCGUGACGCCGGAUUUACCCCCAACAACGGUCUUCGUGACCAGCGCGUUGCACUGCAAUGGAUAAAAACUCAUAUUGAUGGAUUUGGUGGUGACUCGGAGAAUAUCACACUUGUUGGACACAGCGCCGGAGGUGUAUCUGCCUCCUUGCAUCUCGCCAGCGAGGAGCCACUUUUCAAACGUGUCGCCUGCCUGAGUGGACAAUUCCUCGCUGUGAAACCUCUGCCAGAUCCAGCUCAUGAACAUUUCUAUGCCGAGUCUCUUCGAAUCCUCGGCUUAGAUGACUUGUCGCCUAGUGAGCGGGUUUCCCGUAUACAAGGUCUGAAUGCAGACGAGGUGGCGAAGAUUUCGGCAUUCCCAUCUCGUCCGAUUGUCGACGGGGAUAUAUGUCUCGAGAUGCCUUCAGUGAAGGCUAUCACCGAUGGAAUUCAGACCACGCUGCACCGAGGCUGGUGUCAGGACUUUUUUAUAGGGGACUGUCAAUUUGACGGAUCCAUUAUGGCAGGUGCCUUGGACCACCGAAAAUCGGGUAUCGGCAAAGCCUUUGAAGAGUACCUGACAAAGGAAGUCGAGGACAUCCCUGGCUUGUCGAGUAAAAUCCUCUCGACCUAUGGAAUUGACAGCGACAACAACGAUGACGAAGCAUUGCACGGUAUUCUUCGUCUGUUGAAUGAUGUGUUCUUCUAUAUCCCGACUGUCUACCUGGCCCAAUCAUGGAAUGAUGGAGCUGCCUAUGUUUAUCGAUUCAAUUCACUGAAUCCAUGGGAAGGACGCUGGAAAGGAAAGGCUUCGCAUAUAACCGACUUAACUAUGCUCUUGCAUAACUACGAUGAGUUCUUGAACGAAGAGCAGAAGAUUGCCGGCCAAGAUUAUACCCGAGACUUGCUAGCCUUUGUUUCUGGCAAGAAGCCUUGGCAGGCAUCUUAUGGGCAGGGAGCAUUUGAAAGGGAGUAUGGUCACCUUCAGGGUGGUCGUUCGAAGUCUAUUUGGGAUAUCAUUAAGGAGAUUGAGCCUCUUCGAAGUCUAUUUGGGAUAUCAUUAAGGAGAUUGAGCCUGACCGGCUUGCUUUGGUGCUGGAGCAAUUCAUUGCGAGAGGAUAGGCAUGCAACAUUCUCUCAAUUUCUCCAUUAUACACCACCAGCUUGUUGA